AAACUACUCACGACUGCAAUUUCUGUAUUGCGACAUGUCGAAAAAGAAGCUGGAUGAAAUGCGGCACAACUGAGCGAUACUUAAUGUUGUUGAGUUGUUAAAAAAGAAACUGACUCUCCAGACGUUAAACCACGGGUCUGUCUAGUGAUCCUGACCCAAAAAAGCAAUGCUGGUAACCGUUUUCUGCGAGCCGAAGGAUCGCCCAGAAACUACCUUCGCCCUCGAUGUAUCUCCAGAGCUAGAGCUGAGAGACUUUAUAGCACUUUGUGAGCUGGAAUCAGGAAUCCCAGCUGGAGAAAUCCAGAUCACAUAUGUAGAACAGACCCUAAAAGACCAUACUCGUGCCUUGGGGAACUACGGUGUUAAGGAUGGAGAUGUGGUGGUUCUCAGCCAAGCUGACAGAAGGCCACCACCAAGUCAACAAGCCUUUCCAGGUCUGCCCCAUAUUGACUUUCGUUCCAUCACAAUCCCCGGCACCUCUUCUUCAACUAGUCAACGUGGUUCCAUAAUGCCGCAACAGCAACAGACUUCACAGCCGCCACCGACACCACAGACACAGCCCCAACAGCAGCCACAGCGUGCGGCACAACCUUCCACGCCAAUGGCCUUUCGUGGCUCUUCUCCUCAGGGGCUGGAUGACCCUGCUUUACUUCAGCAGAUGCUAUUAUCCAAUCCACAUGAGCUUUCACUCCUCAAGGAGCGAAACCCGCCGCUUGCUGAGGCCCUGCUAAGCGGAGACUUGGAGCGUUUCACCAAAGUACUGCUGGAGCAACAGCAGGAUCGAGCCAAGAGAGAGCAAGAGAGGAUCAGACUUCUGACUGCGGAUCCUUUUGAUUUGGAUGCCCAAGCAAAGAUUGAGGAGGACAUAAGGCAGCACAAUGUGGAAGAAAACAUGACCAUUGCAAUGGAAGAGGCCCCAGAAAGCUUCGGGCAGGUGGUUAUGCUCUACAUUAACUGCAAAGUCAAUGGGCACCCUGUGAAAGCUUUUGUUGACUCAGGCGCCCAGAUGACCAUCAUGAGCCAAGCGUGCGCCGAGCGCUGUAACAUCAUGCGGCUGGUGGACCGCCGCUGGGCCGGAAUUGCCAAAGGAGUGGGCACCCAGAAGAUCAUUGGAAGGGUUCAUUUGGCUCAGGUACAGAUAGAGGGGGACUUCCUUCCGUGUUCUUUCUCCAUCUUGGAGGAUCAGCCAAUGGACAUGCUGCUUGGCCUGGAUAUGCUAAAGAGACAUCAGUGUUCGAUCGACCUGAAGAAGAACUUGGUUCUAAUAGGCACCACAGGCACAGAGACUCGCUUCCUGCCUGAGGCAGAGCUGCCCGAGUGUGCCCGACUAGCAUACGGAACAGAGGGGCGUGAAGACGCCCCCCCAGAUGAGAUAGCAGACAGAGAACUGGCAGAGGCACUUCAGAGGUCAAUACAGGAAAGUGGACAGCACUGAUGCAUUUGGAGACAGCUGGAGAGAGACCUACCAACCAGACACUGCAGAUGGACAAACUACCUCACCGCAGCCCCCACCCCCACCAUUUACAUUACCCAGAACCUUAGGCCAAACGUCCUCAUCCGCCUCCCCUUCCCAAAGCCCUUCCUCUGGCCAGCCCCAACUCCUGGUUCGCUCUCAGUCUGACCCGGCCACCAUGGAGCAGGCCUCAGCACCAGAGCUGUGCCAUGAUCAACCUGGCCACCAGGGGCUUCCUCAGCCUUCUUCCUCAGCAGUGGAUGCUGGCUGUACACCUAAUCAGGUCCACCCUCACCCUGUGUCUGUUCAUACUGACUCCAAAGUGACCCCUGUACCCAGUCCCCUACCAGACGUCCUUCGUACAUGUACCCCUCCUGUGGACAUGACUACAGUAUUCCAGUAUCCAGGGAGUAAGGUCCAGCCUGGCCACACAGAGGGGAAUGCCGAAUCAGAUAAGGUGAUGAACAGCCCCAAGCUCCUCCAACCUGAGGAACUUUUCCCCAUUCAAACCAUGGAGCAGGAGGCCACUGAGUCGGACACUACUGCCACAGAAGCCUGUCUGAGUGUUCUUAGCCGACCGGACUCGGUCGAAAUGGAGUCCCCCACGGCCUCCCAGGGCGUGAUGUCCUCUGGGAGGGACCAGCCUGAAGGAGAGCACUGCGCCAGCUCCGACAGUGUCCCUUCGUUGGCAGCUGCUCUGAUGGAACUUCACGAGCUGCUGGUAUCCAACAACCAAGCUCAGUCCCAAAACUGUGGCACCUCCUGCUCCCCCUUACAUCCAUUCAAUCAGGAAACAGAGGAAGUGACCCCCAAGCCACGCACCCCCAUGCCUGAAAACACCCGGCGGAUCCCCUCUACUGCCAUCUUAGCUGGUGAACCAAACAAUGCCAAAGCCAACCAUGCUGCUGCUGUGUCUGAUGAGGGACCAUCUAAGUGUCUUGUGUCUGACCUUUCUGGCCAGGAUGUGCGUCCGGGCGGGGAUACAGCCGAGACCGUGGAGGGACACGGUCCGCCGCAGUGUCCAGAUGGCUCUGUCAAGAGGAGGGCAGAUAGGUGCGGGCAAGAUGACAUGAAUAACAUCAGCCGUUUUGAGCCAGAGGUUCCUCCUGAUCCUGCAGGGGACCUGGUGUUCAGGGAACCUCCUGAGGGACAGCAGGGGAGAGGGGUUGCAGAUGGACGAGCCUCUGGCACAAACACCCCAGACACUCCCGGCCUGCAAACUGAGGACACUUUUCUCAGCCCCCUGUCUAUGGCAGUGGGCUCACGUGAGGAAGUCUCUAGCGCAUCCCCCCCCUCUUCCACUCCACUUGCUCAGGCUCCCCCGCUUACAUCUCCAGCCCCUCUUCUCCCUUCUCCACAUCCCUUUAUAGAACAAUUUCCAGCUGAGCACAUCCAGAGAAUCCAGGCAGCAGGGUUUUCUGCCAGGGAGGCUGCAGCGGCACUGGAACAAGCGCAUGGGGUUGUGGAGCUAGCUCUGCUGGCACUACUAGCCCGCAGUAUCACUGUGCCCACCAAGACUCACAACUAGUCAUACGAGUCCGCAGCCUCCCAACUCAGCAUCUGUCUUAUUUAUACCUGGUUAAUGAACCCGAUGUUUCAGUCCCUGCUUAGCAGGGAGCACGUAUAAACGCAGGGAGAUGCUGUCUCUUGGUUUGUCGUACAGAAUAUCCAAGAACGAAAAGGACAACUGGUAAUAAAUACAUUUCUGGAUAUUGCAGAUAUGUGAGGUGUGUUUGCAUGCAGAUGUUUUGGGUGGCCACCCAUUUCAUUGGUUUUUAGAGAUUUGGUAUGGUAAAUUGAUUUCUUUCUUCUUAUUUUGUCGUCCAACGUUGACACAUUAUUAAAUGCCCAAUGUAUGAUUGAUUAUUUAGCCGUUGAACAUUACUAUAAUUUCACCUUUUUAAUAUGUGUCAUAAAAUUAAGUUGUGGAGCAUCAAUAAAAACCUCUCAAAGUGGAGUAGCGUUAGUUCUACUCGACAGUCCCGAGUUAACAAUGGUGAGCUGUGGAUCAUUCAGCCUAAAUAUGGAUAUUUAAAUCAAUUUGCUGAUGAUUAAAGCACCAUGUUGAUUUUUAUGUUUGUAGCCCUUUCACAACGAGUGAAAAGCUACAGCGUGGGAACUGCAACGGUUUAGAGGGGCUAACUUUACAAAUGGUUUCUCCAGAUAAGUGGAAGUUAAUCACAUGAAAAUAUCAAUAGAGCCACAAGUGCGUUUGUUAACGUAUGUUCAGAGAUGGCAUUUUUCAAUUAAAUAUAUGUAUUACAGACGGUUUAUUGUACUGUAUGUAUUAUUUUCCACAGUUGGAAAGUGGUUCAAUGUGUAGUUACAAAACUGUUUGUGGCUCCUCUUCAGAAAGUCCUUUUUAUUUUGUGUCAAAUCAUCACAGUGUGUGUGUGUUCGUACCUUUUUAAAAUCAUCCAUUUUCAUUUUGUAAUCUGUUAAAAAAUAUUGUCAUGUCAGUACAUCAUAUAUCAAGGAUUUUUAUGGCUUUAUUUGAGUCAUAAACCAACAAUGUUCAGGCGAUUGAAUUAUCUACUUUUAUCUUGUAUGACAUUUUAAAUUGCAAAUAAAAUGGAACUAGUAUUUGUA